AUGCUUCUGCAAACUGCACUUGUUGCGCUUGGCGCAACCCUCGUUGCGGCCGUGCCGCCGCUCGAGGUCAAGGGCCAGUACUUCGUAAACCCCAAGACCGGCAACCGCUUCCAGAUUGUCGGCGUUGCCUAUCAGCCGGGCGGCUCUGCCGGCUACAACAAGGAAUCCGGCAUCGAUCCCUUGAGCGACGAGGAGGUAUGCCUUCGCGACGCCGCCAUCCUUCAGGUCCUGGGUGUCAAUACCAUCCGUGUGUACAACGUCAACCCGGACCUGAACCACGAUAAGUGCGCCAGCAUCUUCAACGCUGCCGGCAUCUACAUGAUCCUGGAUGUCAACUCCCCGCUGGUCGGCGAGGCCCUGACGAGCUACAACCCGUGGGAGUCGUACUAUGACACGUACCUCAACCGGACCUUCGCCGUUGUCGAGGCCUUCAAGAACUACCCCAACACCCUGGCCUUCUUUGCCGGCAACGAGGUCAUUGACCGCCCGGAGACCACCGCCACUGUACCCCCCUACAUGCGCGCUGUCACCCGCGACAUCAAAAACUACGUCAAGCGCCACUGCGACCGCAAGAUCCCCGUCGGAUAUUCCGCCGCCGACGUCCGCAGCUCGCUGUUUGACACUUUCCGCUACUUCACCUGCUCCCUGGAGGAUGAAGACGACGACAUUUCCCAGGCCGACAUCUUCGCCCUCAACAGCUACAGCUGGUGUGGCGAAAGCACCUUCGAAGAGGCUACUUACGACGAUCUGGUCGCCGGAUUUAAGGACUCUCCCGUCCCCGUUUUCUUCUCCGAGUAUGGCUGCAACGAGGUGCUCCCCCGCAUCUUCCAGGAAGUCACCACUAUUUACUCCGACAAGAUGGACACCGUCUUCUCCGGUGGCGUGGUCUACGAGUACACGCAGGAAGCCAACAACUACGGCCUGGUCGACCUCUCGUCCUCUGACAAGUCCGCCAAGCUGCUCAACGACUACGUCGUCCUGCGCUCGCAGUACGCCAAGCUCGACUGGGAGGCCAUCCAGAGUAAGAAGCCGCCGUCGAGCGACGCCCCCAAGGCCCCAACCUGCGACUCCAAGCUUAUCACCACCAAGGGCUUCAACAGCAACUUCACUCUGCCCGUCGAGCCGCCGAAUGUUGAGGACAUCAUCAAGAAGGGUGUCAAGCCGACUCCAAAGGGCAAGAUCGUCGAUAUUGACAACUGGGAGGUCAAGCUGAAGGUGUAUGCCCCAGAUGGCACGGAGAUCAAGGGGCUCAAGGUGAAGAAGCUUAAGGAUGAUGAGAUCAACAGGGCUGGCGUCAACGAUAUCACCAUCUCCGCCAACAGCACCACCUCCGCUGGCACUAGCAGCGACGACGAGGAUGCCGAGGAGGACGCUGCCGUGCGCCCGGCCGCUGCCCUCUUCACUGCUGUCGCUAUGGGCGCCAUGGCCGUGCUGACUACCCUUUUCUAA